AUGAGCCCCUUUCAAGCUCUUUAUGGGUACAUUCCUCCUCACCUAGCUUUUCCAUCAACUACUACUACUUCUGUCACAGAGGUGCCAGCUUACAUGAAGCAGAGGGAUGCUAUGCUUUCUCUCUUAAAAGACAACCUCCACCAGGCUCAAGAAAUAAUGAAGUUUUUUGCUGAUCAAAAGAGGAGUGAGAGGGUGAUUGAGGUGGGAGACAUGGUUUACCUUAAGCUGCAACCUUAUAGACAAACAUCAGUGGCAUUGAGAAGAAACCUCAAACUAACAGCUAAAUUCUAUGGGCCAUCCAAAGUGUUGCAGAGGAUAGGAGCUGUAGCUUACAAGUUGGAAUUACCUCCAGAGGCUAGAAUUCAUCCAAUUUUCCAUGUCUCCCAACUGAAGAAGCAGGUUGGUGCCUCUAUUAUUCCUUUCCCAACUAUACCAACUUUGGAUACAGAUGGAAAAAUCCUAGUUAUUCCUGCAGCAGCCUUGGACUCCAAAACCAUCAUUAUAGAUGGAGUUUUUGUACCUCAACUUCUGAUUAGGUAG